AUGAUGCGACGGCCGCCUCCCGAUAUUCGCGACACCUACUCCUUGCUUGUGCUCAACAUCACCUUCCGCACAACCAGCGAUGAACUCUUGCCCAUGUUCUCGCGCUACGGCGAGGUGGUCGAUGUCUUCAUUCCCAGGGACAAGAGGACCGGCACGUCGCGCGGGUUCGCCUUCGUGCGCUUCAAGCGCGAGGACGACGCCGCCAGAGCCGUCGAGAAGCUCGACGGUCGCACGGUGGAUGGCAGGGAAAUCAUGGUGAAAUUCGCCAAGUACGGCCGCAAUGAGGAGAUAAUUGAAAAAGGGCUUAUCAAGGACAUCGGCAAUCCGCCCCCCCCUGGUCCGCCGCCCUAUGCCAGGCGAGGUUAUGAUGACCGCCCCUACCCGCCCCGGCCAUACCACGACACCCGCGGCCCUCCUAUGGACUAUCGGGGCGGGGGAGGAGGCAUGGAUUACCGCGGUGGUGGCGGUGGUGGGGGGGUAGGGGACUACCGCCGCAGUGGCUAUAGAGGGGGGGGAUUCGACGUUGGGGGGUACCGUGGGGGUGGAGGUGAUUAUAGGGGGCGGGGCGAGUAUCGGGGAGAUGCUGACAGGCCCUCCAAGAAGGCCCGCACAGAGGACGAUGAUGACGAUUAUGUCAAGCGGGAGGAGGAGGACGUGGACGAGGCAGCAGCAGCGCAGGACAGUGUGUUUGACCAUGACCAUGAGGGGCUGGACGACUGA